GUUCAGAACAAGCAGACCGCCAAGGCCACGCAGUCGGAGGUGCGUUUCGGCACGUUGGUCCAGUUCCACGGACAUAUUCGGCCCACCUUGUUGCGGGGGCCCAUCCCGACCAUUCCCGUGGCGAUGGGCCACGGCGCGUCGGAGGUCAUCAAGGCAGUCAUGAAAGACGCCGCGCCUGUGUUAGACGAUGCCAAGCAUUUCGAGGCGACGCGCCACAUUUCAUGCUCGGACCGCGCCUCGUCGAACAAGAAGUACGAGAAGGAUUUCAGACAUGAGAACCCUGGGGCUCGUUGCCUACACUUGGACUGCGGCCUUCACGAGGGCAUCUUGGCGGAGGAAACGGUCAACGGGCGGCACCGCUGGCACCGCCG